GAGGCUCAAAAUCUUCAGGAAAGAACUCUGCAGCCUCGAGCGAUAAUUCGAACGCCCCAACAAUCGUAGUUGUUAAUGCUGGAGAGCAGAGAGGGCAUGCCACCCCCCCAGAAAAUACAGCGCCUUUAUCGCCUGCUGGUAAUCCACACAAAUCUCAUUCAAAAGAAGAGCCUCCUAAACGAGACCCUUUGAAUCGUUUGAAGGGGACACCUAAAGACGUUAUUCCUAUAAGCAAAGCACCACGUCGUCAAAGAUCGUCGAGGUUUCAUGUGACUGAAAAAGUCGAGUUGGAAAAAUUACCAAAUUUUAAUGAGGUUUCACCGGACAAAAGACAAGAACUUUUUCUUAGAAAGCUUACUCAAUGUUCGGUAAUUUUCGACUUCAAUGAUGCAAGCGCUGACCUUAAAGGAAAAGAGAUUAAGAGGUCAACACUGGCCGAACUCUUAGAUUAUAUCACUACAAAUCGAGGAGUAAUUACCGAACCAAUAUACCCCGAGGUCGUUUCGAUGUUUGCUAUCAAUCUUUUUAGAACCAUACCUCCACAAGUAAAUCCCACAGGUGACGCCUUCGAUCCCGACGAGGAUGAACCCGUACUCGAACUUGCUUGGCCUCAUCUUCAAAUCGUUUACGAAUUUUUUCUUCGAUUUAUUGAAUCACCUGAUUUCAACACGAAUAUUGCCAAAAAAUACAUCGAUCCACAAUUUAUAUUGCAAUUGUUGGAAUUGUUCGAUAGUGAAGAUCCAAGAGAGCGUGAUUUCUUAAAGACAACAUUGCAUCGUAUUUAUGGAAAGUUCUUAAAUUUGCGCGCAUUUAUUCGAAGGUCCAUUAAUAAUGUGUUCUUUCAGUUCAUAUAUGAAACCGAACGUCAUAAUGGUAUUGCCGAGUUAUUGGAAAUCCUUGGAAGUAUUAUUAAUGGUUUUGCAUUACCAUUAAAAGAAGAACACAAAACAUUUCUCACAAAAGUCUUGAUACCUUUGCAUAAAGUCAAGUCUUUAACGUUAUAUCACCCUCAAUUAGCAUAUUGUGUUGUGCAAUUUUUGGAAAAGGAUCCAUCAUUAACAGAAGAAGUUAUUUGUGGCCUAUUGAGAUACUGGCCGAAAGUAAAUAGUCCCAAAGAAGUUAUGUUUUUAAAUGAAAUUGAGGAAAUCUUGGAUGUGAUAGAACCACAAGAAUUUGUAAAGAUUCAGGUUCCAUUAUUUCAACAAGUAGCUCGAUGCGUGUCAAGUCCACACUUUCAGGUGGCAGAAAGAGCGUUAUAUUAUUGGAACAACGAAUACAUUGUCAACCUGAUAGGUGAUAAUGUGAAUGUUAUUUUACCAGUAAUGUUUCCUUCUUUAUAUCAGAAUUCUAAGGCUCAUUGGAACCGUACCAUUCACGGCUUAGUAUACAACGCUUUGAAAUUGUUCAUGGAAAUCAAUCCAGCAUUAUUCGAUGAAUGUACGGCACAAUAUAAACAAAGUCGUCAAUUGGAAAAGAAAAAAAUGCGGGAACGAGAAGAUACAUGGCACAGAUUGGAAAGAACUGCUGCACACAAUGCUCAAGGACUUCCCCUUCCUUAUGCCAUUGGCGGACCUUUGAUAUCUUCAAGAACUGACGUGUCGACGAUUCAAACUUUUAAUGCGUUUGAUAAUGAUGAGAAUCAUUCAAGUGGUGAUGAGGACUCGGGUGAAGAUGAACGUCAAGAAGGAGACAGACAAGAAGAUGAGCAUGGAGAAUUGCAAGCUUUUGACGGAAGGCCAGAUGGUUUUAAUUUAUUCCGCCGAAAAUCAAUUAUACCUGUUGAUGAAUCUGUUUUGUCUGAAUUAUCAAGGCAUCGUAGUUUGGAAGAAGUUCUCAAUGGUCCACCAGAUGCUUCAGGCAGCCCAACAAAAAACCCUUAA